GUGUCAUGGGAUGCCGGGAUGUCCAUGCAGCCACAGUGCUGGCCUUCCUCAGUGGAACAGCUUCCGUAGCAGGACUCCUUGCUGCAGUUUUACUCCCAAACUGGAGACAAAUGAGACUGUACACAUUCAACAAGAAUGAGAAGAAUGUGACUGUGUACACUGGACUCUGGAUCAAGUGUGCACGCUUUGAUGGGAGCAGGGACUGUGUGAUAUAUGACCCACAGUGGUACACAGCAGUUGAUCAGCUAGAUUUGCGGGUGCUACAGUUUGCCCUGCCGCUUAGCAUGUUCACUGCAGUUUCAGCUCUCUUUCUGUGUUUGGUUGGCAUGUGUAACACAGCCUUUGUAACCAGUGUGCCAAACAUCAAACUGGCUAAAUGCCUUGUCAAUAGUGCAGGCUGCCACCUUGUGGCUGGUCUCUUGUUCCUGCUUGCCUGUGCCAUGUGCCUCACACCAUCCAUUUGGGUCAUUUUUUAUAACAACUACCUGAACAAAAUAUAUGAGCCAGUUUUCACUUUUGAUAUCUCGGUGUUUAUUGCCAUUGCCAGUGCAGGCGGCCUGUUUUUCACUUCAGUUCUGUUAUUCCUGUGGUACUGCGCAUGCAAAAGCUUACCUUCCCCUUUCUGGCAGCCCCUCUAUUCCCAUACACCCAGCAUGCACAGCUAUGCCUCUCAACCCUACUCAGCGCGAUCUCGGCUGUCUGCCAUUGAGAUUGACAUUCCCGUUGUGACCCACACUUCUUAAAUGAAAGAUUGUUUUGCAAGUCAGACAUUCAUGCUCCCUCAGACCUUGGGAGUUGCAGACUUGAUUCUUCACUGUCUUGCACUGUGUUUUUAGAUGCUUAUACCUGGACAAAGCAGGGAUAACAUGCUACUAUUCAAGAAUCAAGGCAGUAGAGAAUCAGGUGUAUGAUAUUAAAAGCCUGUUUACUUUUUACCAUUUCUGACCCGUCCCUUCCCUAAAUUUACUACUGACAAAACUGACUGCUGCUAGUGCUAUACCAACUUGUUAUUUACCCUGUCUUCUUUUAUAUAGACCUCCUUGCAUAUCUAAUUUUCCUCCUCCCAGUUCAAACCAAAGGGCUUUCUGGACCUCUUUGCUGAUACAAUCUACCACAAGGCCCUGAUUCCGUAACAAGGACCAUGCUGACUACACCCUUGCACCCAUGCACUGCCCAUCAGAAGACAGGGGUCCAGCUUGGCACUUCUCAUUGCAGGCUCAGGGAAUAAAAUUACACAAUUUUAAACAACAUGAUCUGCUACUUGGAGCAGAAAGGUGGUUACGAAAAGGGCCAUAAAGUCUCACGUGUACACGUGUUCUGGGAUGUGAUCUCCAAAAACAGCAUUUGACAAACUUAUUCAAUUUAGUGGCAGUGUUUGGGGUUUUUUUUCCAUUAGGUGUAUACAAAAACGACCUGCUUAUGAACCUAAACUGGAAUUUGUGUCAAAUUACCCUUUAAUUUCAAAGGAGAACUUGAUUUUAAAAAAUCAGUUCAACUAAGAGUUGCAUGUCCUUUGACCCUACUCUUUAGGCAUAAGAGGCAGUGAUUUUUUUUUCCUUGCUCCUUUUCAGGGAAUUCUCAUUCUGCAUGGAUUUUGGUAAAUUGUUAGCCUUGUAAGGUCUUUCUUGUUUAUGAUAUAAUUUAAACACCACUUGUAAGUAAGCAUACUGUUUAGAAACUUGAAUAUUGUAUUUUAAAGCCAUCAUUAAGCAGAACAAGCCUAAAAUGAGAACUGUUUUAAAGCAUCAUUCUAUCCUGGGAAAGUAUGUCAUCCAGAUUCCAAAGUGCAGUGCGUAAAACACAAACAUAUUUGUGGACUGUUCAAUACUGUUUUGUUGUACUGCACUGUACAUAUGCUAUCACCAAGCAUCUUUGAGAAAUGGGCUAUAACCCUGGGGAGAUAUUCAUCAUGUUAGAUGUCUUAUGUAUAUAUUAAUGGAAAUGAAAUUAUGUACUUGCAAAAGUGAUGUUAAUGGAGAGCUUUAAGCAGUGGUGGUUGGGUUUUUCAGGCUGUCGCUUAUUGUUUUACAUAUAAAGCCUUCACCUCUUUAGCCUUACUCCUCAGCUCUUCCCUGUUCAACUAUUUUUGAAUGAGCAUUGUUUUCUAGGCUGCCUUUUUCUUGCCAACUCACAUUUGAAGACGUGCAGUCAUCAGAAAGCUUCCAUCUUCCCUACAGUAAGAUCCCCAAUCACUUACGAGCAUCAUACACAGCCCGAUAGGCCAUGAUUUUCAAAGGCAACCAGUAAUUAUUGGUUCCCAACUUAAGAAGCCUUAGAGGGAUUUGAUUUUUCUUAAAGAGCUGAACUUUUCCCAGUCCCUAAACAAGAGUUUCUCAAAAUUGGACAUCCCCAUUCAGUUUUAAAAAUCUUGACCCUACACUACAGAAUAAUAUUGUCUGUGCAAACAUUUUUGAUGGAUUCAGAUUAUGUUUAAGAUGCGGUUCCAGUUUGAAAAGUGGCAGUGUGUUAGUGGCACCAAAACGUUCAGUGAGUGCUUGUUUCAUCAUGUCCUUAGUAAGUUUGCUCUGUUGACAAUUUAAAAGAAAAAGAGGCUCCUUAUUUUUUGUCCCACAAAUUCUUUCUGGGAUCUGGGAGCCACACUGGGAUCUUUCCUUCUCCACGUGGUAGUUAUAGACUGUGCAAGACAAGCUGUGCCCUUGUGUGAAUUUUAAUUCUGAUGAUAGUACAUGGAGGUGACACUGCCUUAAUUCUUUGACUUAAGGCUAGGUUUGCAGGGCAGAGAAUUAGAAAAUAGAUUGUUUGUGCCCUUAACUGCAACGCACUAGAUGGCAUCAUAAUACACGCACACAAAAACAUGGGACCACUCCUAUACGAUCAUUUUUUCAAGGAGGAGCAAUGUUUGAUGUCAUAUUCAUUAUUCUGCUACAGACAGUGUUGCCAUUUGCUUCAGCUGUGUAUGCUGCUAUCGGCUUGGUUUGGGCAUUAAAGCAAAGGAGAUGCUGACCACGGGCCCCUUUCCCCCCCUCUUCUUCCUGCAUUUUGUAUGCCUUACUCUGAGUUCUCCAGUAGAUAUUCCACAGCCCUGGCCAGUGUCUCUUCUGUUUUUUGGAGCCUGAACUUGCAAUAUGUGAAGCAUUUUGGAGAGAUGCUGAAUGUCUUCAACUUUCAUUAACUUUAAAAGGUGUUGCACGUGCUCUGGAAGUAGUCAUCACCUUCCAAGUGAGAGAUGUCAAGGGAAAAGAAGAAAAUUGUAUGGAAGAUUGUCAGUUGAAAGGAAAUGCAUCUGGUGAUUUGAUCUAUAUAUUUAUAUUUUUACGUUGGAACUUUUCUGUUUUUGCCAACUGUUUUGCAUUGUGCACUAAAUUUCUUACUAGUAUUAGUUGCUGCUAAGCUGAUACAAUGUAGCUCUGAAAAUUGUACAUUUCAAAAAAUCUGAGAUGGGCCUAGCCAUGGAACUCAUGGAUCCCAGUGUUUCAUGGACUGAGAUUAGGGUUUUAGUCAAGGCUAUCUAUUAAAAAUAUUAUGUUGCUUGUUUAGUUGUUAAAAGCACGGCACAGUUCUCUAAUAAAAGAUGUUAACGUGAGCUAAAGAUUUUGUCUUAAGUAAGAAUGACUCGAGUGCUGUGCUGUAUUUCUCUUUGUUUAUGAAAAUCUGUAUUUUUCCAGAUAGAAUUCCAUUCUGAGUUUCAGAAAUGUUUAACUGGAAUGUGGAUUCUUUUUAUGUAAAGCAGAAAAUAUGUAUUUUUAAUAAAGUGUUAUACAGAUAUGGCUUA